AUGACUUCCCUGAACAAUGAGCCAAAGUCCUCCAUGCCUCCUACGUUUGUUUAUCCUUCAAGCAUGAAUAGUUACAACCAAUCUUUCAAACUUUCACCGUUGGGUGAUGGUCAGCCAUCCAGCACCGGCCUCGCAGAUAAUUCUUCUACGAAUAUCGUCGUCAUUCAUGGGGUGAAUGGCAGUAACGAUGUUACCUGGACAAAGCCUUCAGGAGAAUUAUGGUUGAAGGAUAUGGCUCAAAGGAUUCCCCGUUCGCGUUUCAUGAUGUUUGAGUACGACUUGGCUACAGCUGCGGUAGAUUGGGAACUCUCUUCACCACGCGGAGUGUGGAUUUUAGCGGUUAGACUCCUACAAUCUCUACUGAUCGAUCGAAGACAAAACGAAGAGUUUGACCUUUCCUACAUUUUCAUGGCCCAAGGCUUUGGGGGUAUCGUUCCGAUCAAGGCCUUAUGCAUCGCAAGUUAUCAGCACGCAUAUAUGUUCCUUGCUGCUCAUACGCUGGGACUGGUACUCUUUGGCACCCCUCAUCCUGCCCGUUUUUGCCUUGAAGAUGCAGCUGGCAUGUCAUGGUGGGAAAGAGCUAGUUUUGAGAUGCUCGCUUCUUAUCGUGAGGCUGAUGGCAUGAAUCCAGAACUAUUCACCUUAAUCAGGCAAAGAGUAUCCCAAGGGAAUAGUAGGCACUUCUUGGAAGUUUGUGAAAGGUUCCAACCCUUCUCCGAAAGAUUCAAGAGUAUCAAUAUCUUUUCGCGAAAUACUACUCAAUCACUAGCUUUGCAGUGUACUGGUCAAACAUUCGAGCCCUACGGAAGUUCCAUAGAUGAACACUGGGGUCGUAAUCAAAGAUACAUUGAUCUCACCAUGUUUUGCGGAGUGGAAGAUGAAGACUUUGUUCGUUUAUCGAGAGAACUCGAGAAGAUGAUCGACUCACAGGAAGUUCCUGAUCCAGGUCUGCACCGCUUUAGAUUAAAGCUUAGCGCCGUAUGCUGCGAAUCAAUCCCACCAAGUACGCCACCUCAUGCCGGUACGUGUAACUGGAUAUUCAAUGAUGAGAGGUGGAAGGAUUGGUGGAAUUCUGGCGGUAAUGGAAUUCUACAUUUACGCGGUCCUGCUGGUCAAGGGAAGACAACAGUUUGCACGUAUCUCUCAACAGAAUUGUAUAAGAGAGAAGGAGCUAUUGUACUGCCGUUUUUUUGCACGUUUAACGACGACCGCCGCGACCUUGCCAAGAACGUCCUUCUCUCGAUAAUACGACAUCUCCUAUAUCUCGAGCCCUCGCUUUACACCCACAUUGCAGAGGCUUGCGAAUUACUGUUGGAAAGUUCUUUCUCGAAAGAGGGCAUAUGGACGGUUUUCCGGACUUUACUCUCGCAUCCUCGAAAAAAAAAGCUUGUAUGCAUUAUUGAUGCUCUCGACGAGCUCGGAAAUGAUAUUGAAGCUACCGGUGCUGGAUGGCUUCUAGAUCAUUUAGCUGGUCUACAACAGGAAACUAGAUUUCCUUUUAGUCUGGUGAUUAGCAGCGAGUGCUACAUGGAUAUCUUCAAACCCUCUAUCUCUUUGGGAAAGCUGUUUGUUAUUGAUAUGGACCGGAAAAUGAAAAACUCUCGUGACGUCGAGAAUGUAUUCCAAUACCAAUUAACCGAACUAGUCCGAAAGGCCCCGCUGUUCAGAGGGCUUGAUAAUUAUCUUUCAAGCGAACUCGAUGCACUUUGUGCUCAGCAAAGAACCUUUCUCACCAGCAGUUUAUAUUUCGGGAUAUUGGCACAACCGCGAUUUGGCCUCACAUUGAACUCUCUAUCGACGACGACCCAAUCCCUCAAAUCGAAUCUGCACUGCCUUUAUGAUCAUAUUCUCGCAUGCGUGGCGGAAAAUACUCAGUAUUGGGCAUACAAGGUUUUGACUUGGAUAACGGCCUCGUAUCGCCCUUUGAAGGUGGAUGAGCUUCGAGUUGUUUUGUCGAUAAAGGAUGGAAAGUUCCAAGAGCAAUUCGCAUCGGUGCGCUUGAUCGAUGAUCUUAUUGAUACUUUUGGUCCUCUCAUAAGGAUUGAAAGAGAUGAGAUCUAUUUCAUUCAUCCAUCCUUCAAGCGCUUCAUCAUGGAUGUCAAGACUGAAGAUAUGUAUAUCUCGCGGUGGUAUAAAUUGGAUAUCAUUCAAGCACAUGCACUCAUAUUCGAUACUUGUCUGGCAUAUCUCUCCAAGAAUAAUACUCUGUCAUCGGAAGACGCAGAUAGUCAGACUUUCGAAGACAGAAUCGAGCUCCAAACUAUGAUACCUUUCAGCUCGGAACCCAUGGGUCUUCUACUUUAUGCAUCUCAGUACUGGCCAAUGCAUUACCAGCGGUGUGCAGAUCUCAAGCGCGCACCGACCAGUUAUAGCGCAAUACUCGACUUUCUUGAGAAGAAGAAGCGGGCUUAUGUUUGGUAUCGCAUCAACCGAAUCCUAGUGGGACAUGCUACCGAGGCGAGUGAGUUUAGCCCAUUAAUCGUGGCUGCAGAACUCGGCCUCCCAAAUCUAGUGGCAGAAUUGCGGGAAAGGGUUGACUUCGGAGAUUCCGAUAUCCAAAAGGCAUUGAAAAUAGCUUCUAUGAAUGGAUAUGCCGAUGUAGUUGAGGAGCUUUUGAAUGCCCGCGCGAAGGGCGAUGGGGUAGAGAUGCCUGACAUGGCACAUCUUUCUAGUCCAUUAUCAAUGACCGAUUCACUGGUUGGAGCCACUAGAAUGGGGUACAAGGAAGUUGUCAAGGUCCUAUUGGAGGCGGAACGGGGAAAACUACCAACACCAGAACUACAUCUUGACCGAUUACUCUCAAUAUCCGCUAGAAAAGGUCAUCUCGAACUUGUCAAGCUUUUCCUUGAGGAGGGUACAAACGUCAAUUCUAUACAUGAUGCUCUCACACCAUUACAACAUGCUGCCAAAGCCGGUCAGAGCACUAUAGUCGAACUACUUCUCGAUCAUCCUGGAAUCGAUAUCUCCGUUGGAACAGCGAACCCUUGGAAUAGCGCGAUGCAUCUUGCUGCAUUUGAAGGCAACUUGACAAUCAUUAGACUGCUAUUACCCGCGGCAGGCGCAGACGCUGGUCCAAAACAAAGAGGUCCGCUACACGAAGCUGCCCGCGCCGGUCACUCUGAUGUUGUUGAUCUUCUUCUAAAAAAGCACCCGGAGUUGGUGAACAGCAAGGAUGAGACAGGGAUGACAGCACUGCAUUGGGCAGCAUUGAAAGAUCACCUUCCCGUAAUCAUCAGGCUUCUCGAGGGCGGUGCGAGAAUACUGGAAAAAGAUGAUUGCGGUAGUAUCCCGCUCAUCUAUGCGGCUAGCUAUGGAAACACUGAAUGUCUCGAUGCCCUUCUCCAAUGCCUAAGAGAUAGCGACCAGUCCACGGAAGAUAUGGACUCUAGUAUCUUAGCAGCCUUGUGUUCCGCCGCUCGCGGGGGACAUGCGAAGACUGUGCAACACCUAUUGCGACAUGGCGCCGAUGCAGAGGAACUUUACGGUGACGAUAUUCAACAAACAGCUCUGCAUGCUGCCGCUGAGGGAGGACACAUUGAUGCUAUUACUGCACUAAUAGGCAAGGGCGGGGCAGCGGUCGACCAGAGGUCUUCGUCCGGUGACACACCCUUACACUGUGCCUGCGCACAUCCCGAAGCAAUGAGGUUGUUGAUCGACAUGGGUGCGAAUUUGGAGGCUACCAACAAUAAUGGGGAGACUCCGCUUAUGCGGGCAGCAUCAAUUGGAAACGGGGAUGCAGUAAAGCUACUGCUCCAGAAUGGCUCAGACGGGGCGGCUUACAAUUGGGAAAAUGCUUGCCGCUCGCCCCUUCAUUACGCAGCCGGAAGUGGUAGUUGGGACUGUGUGGAGCCAUUACUGAACGAGGUUUGGCCGUUCCGGGACGCGUACGGAGAAGGCCUAGGUCCUCAUUCCACUGCUCUGGAUUUUGCCAUAAACCAUGGACACACAUCUCUCGCACAGAAGAUGGUGAUGUCGUUAGUGAACACAGAGUACUGGGCACGACCGAUCGAAAAUUUAGUCCUGCAUUGUAGCGAAGAUAUCGUCAAAAUAUGGCUCGAGAACGAGUCCACAGGUCUAAACCCAAUAAAUGGACACGGCACUCCGUACCUUUUUAUGCUUGCGUCCAUCGGGAACCUUAGAUAUGUGGAAUUGAUGCUUGCCGCGGGUACUGAUAAAGAUUUGACAGAUUCGAGGGGUCGCGUUGCCCUCGAUGUCGCUUUCCAUCCCGGCGUACGUGAACUAUUAGACCCGCUCUCUAAACGUGACGUGCCAGACUCCUGCCAACCCCAAAAAGCAUAUAAAGAUAUCGAUUCUGUUUACACCAGCGGCAUAGGAUGCAACGCCUGCGGUGGCAAAAUCAGGGACGGAUUCAUACACCGUAAUUAUGUCCUCUUCCAUCUUUGA